UCGACAGUGUGCGUACGUACUCUCCGCCGUCGCGUCCUCGUGCUUUCGUGCCCAUUUCGUCUGCUGUGCCCGUGAGGUGACUUAGCUGAAGUGAAUCGUGCAUUCGAGCACUUCAGAUGGGCGUGUACGUAUGAUUUGGCAUGUGACCGGUUUGCAGUGCUGAUUUUGUAUGAAUAAACGUAAUAUCAUCUAUUGCAGAUUGCCUUCGAGAUGGGGGUUCUGUUGAGGAACCACGUAUCGUGGACCCUGAGGAAGGUUGUGCUUUUGGUGUUUUGCCUCGGGUGUGCCUUGCACUUCCUUUUAGGCGAAAAGGAGGACAUAAUCGGCAUGGUGAGAAUAAACAGGGCAAAGGAAGAGGUCUGCUCCUGCCACGUGUCAAGGGAGGCUAUGGAGACGGAAACCCUCACCAAAAGGGCACAAAAUGCGACCACGAAGGAUUGGAGGAACUUGACCGCUGAAGAACUGGGAAGCCUGUCCGUGCUGGGAAGGUAUUUAUACCUAGAGGAACCCCUUGGUGCCCCUCAAGAUAGAACAUUUUUAAUCCUCAUAUGGAAAAAGGGAUUAUAUAUGGAACAACGCACUGUGUAUGAGUUCACGUCCGAGAGGAAGGACCCCUUUGCGCGGUGCACUCUCAGGAACUGCAAGUUAACGUACGAGGACGAGGACGUCAGAAUCGCCGACGCCGUCGUGUUCCCCCUCCACACGACUCCGGGGCCACAAGACUUCCCCAACCGAACCAGGGCCUCACAGCGCUGGAUCUGGCUCACUGACGAAAACCCCUUUCACACCUUCAUGAUCGCCGAAGACAAAGACAUUAGUCACUACAACGGGUACUUUAACUGGUCCAUGAACUACAGGAUGGACAGUGACAUCCCAGUGCCUUACGGAAGGACUCUCAAGCUAGCAGAGGGCGAACGACCAAAUAACACCAUCGAUUAUUUUAGCACAAAAUCGAAGCUGGCAGCUAUCAUGGGGUCGAACUGUGGGGGUCAGAACGGCAGGUGGGAAUAUGUGUAUGAACUCGAGAAGCACCUUGAAUUGGACACCUACGGGGGCUGUGGAAAGCUACAAUGCCCGGGACACUUCGCUGUAGACUGCCCAGCCCUCAACCAGUAUAAAUUUUACUUGGCUUUCGAAAACGGCGACUGUCCAGAAUAUAUCACAGAAAAGGUCUGGUGGAAUUCCUUUCACAAGGGAGUAGUACCCGUGGUGAUGGGAGGGCCUAAAGAGUCCUACAGGAAGAUCCUACCUCCGAACUCCUUCAUUCACAUCGACGACUUCGAAACGCCGAAAGACCUUGCAGAACACUUGAAAGCGCUGUCCACGAACCGCCAGGCCUACAACGACCUCCACGCCUGGCGGAGCGAGUACCGGGUCUCCAACGAGCACGCGUACUUCCAGUCGCCGAUCUACCACUACUGCCGGAUAUGCGAGGCCCUCAACCACAACGACCCGAAGCCGAAGAUGUACAAUCGGUUACAAGAUAUCUGGAAGGUGGACGGGCACUGUCCUCCGCCGACGUGGAAGGACAGAUUGGAUAAGGCUAACCAGUAAUGGGUAUUUCAUAAUGUAUGUACACCCCACAACACAGAGGUGUAUGUGUAUAUAUAUACUAUAUAUAUAUAUA